AUGUUGGAGAAGCUCUGGACGAUGACCCGAUUCCUGUCCGACAGUGUCCAGAAGAGAUUCAACCUGCGAAUUGUCUUCUUCAUAACGCUGCUGUCCUUCCUGUCGACACUCGUCUACUUCUACUUCAUCUACAAUCCAAUUCCUACUAAACCAGACCUGUGUCGCAUCUGGGAAAAUGAUCCAAACAAAUCAAACACUUCAUUACUGUGGUGGCAGUGGGCCUGUCUCAUUGAAAAAGAAAUUGACAAACCAUAUCCAUAUCAAUGUCAAAAUGUGAAAACAGUUGGUAACUGGUACAUAUGCUGGGAUAAGCCAUACAGACCAAGAAAACCUUGCAUUGUCUACUCGUUUGGGAUCAAUUUUGAGUUUUCCUUUGAUGAUGCAAUGGCUGAGAGAGGGUGUACAGUCUAUUCCUUUGAUCCAAGUAUGGGUGUUACUGACCACAAGCACUCAUCAAGAGUUUAUUUUAAGAAUAUGGGCAUUGGGGCAAAAGAUGUUGAUGACUUCAUUCCAAAUUUCGAUGGUUAUGUGCAGUUAACGCAGAGAUGGAAAAUGAGAACCCUCAAAUCAAUACGGAAAAUGCUUGGUCAUGAAAAUGCUGUGAUAGAUGUACUGAAGAUAGAUAUUGAAAUCUAUGAAUGGCCAGUCGUGGCAAAUUUUCUUCAAGAUGAAAUGUUUCAACAUGUCCGCCAGUUUCUCGUGGAAUGGCAUAUAUUUCCAAAUGAGCCAAACAGAGCAGAAUUUCAGCAGAUGUACAAAUCAUUUACAGAACUGGAAAAGGUUGGAAUGAAGUACUUCUACGUUGAUUCAGGGUCCAGGUAUCACCAUUACAGGUACUGGAAUUCACAGUCAGAUAUGUGUUAUGUGAACACGAAAUUCAAAUUACCGUCACAGUGAGUAAAAAGCAGAAUUGUCUUCAUGUGUUACGUCAACACAAAAUUGUGAUUUUCAUAACAGUAAAUGAACAACAGGAUUGUCGCUUUGUGUCACGUCAACACAAAAUUCAGAUUCCCAUCAAAGUGAAAUGAUAGUAUCUAGAACAGUCUGUGCAUUUUACAUCAACACAAAAUUCAGAUUUUCAUCAAAGUGAAUGAACAGCAGAAUUAUCAUUUUGUGAUACAUCAACACAAAAUUCAGAUUCCCGUCAAAGUGAAAUGAUGGUAAGAACAGUCUGUGUGUUACGUCAACACAAAAUUCUGAUUUCUGUCACAGUGAAUGAACAGCAGAAUUGUCAUUUUGUGAUACUUCAACAAAAAAUUCAAAUUCCCGUCAAAGUGAAAUGAUAGUAGAACAGUCUUAUGUGUUUUACGUCAACACAAAAUUCAGAUUUCCAUCAUAGUGAACAAUGAAUAACAGAAUUGUGUUUAUAGGUUAUAUCAACACAGAAUUUAGAUUUCCAUCACAGUGAAUGAUGAAUAACAGAAUUGUAUUUCUGGGUUAUAUCAACACAGAAUUUAGAUUUCCAUCACAGUGAAUGAUGAAUAACAGAAUUGUGUUUAUGGGUUAUAUCAACACAGAAUUUAGAUUUCCAUCAUAGUGAACAAUGAAUAACAGAAUUGUGUUUAUGGGUUAUAUCAACACAGAAUUUAGAUUUCCAACACAGUGAAUGAUGAAUAACAGAAUUGUAUUUCUGGGUUAUAUCAACACAGAAUUUAGAUUUCCAUCACAGUGAAUGAUGAAUAACAGCAUUGUGUUUAUGGGUUAUAUCAUCACAGAAAUUAGAUUUCCAUCACAGUGAAUGAACAUACAAAUGCCUUGGAUGCAUAUGCAGGAAUUUUAGCAGAGGUGUGACUGAAGUUUAUAGUGGGUUCGAGAAAUGAUCCCCCAGAAAAUAUAAAUUUGCUUGAGCAGGGAGGGGUUUCAAACCCCGCAACUCUUCCCGGUCACACACUCCUGAGUAUUGGUCACAAUGGUGGUCUUUUGUCUCACCUCAAUGAAGUCCUAAGACUAUAUAUUAUAUAUAUAUGUACCAGCAUUGCUUUUCCAAUGGCGACAGGGUGAACUUUUGCAUUUACGCCCAACAUAACAUUUUCACAUUUAUGUCUCCUUUCUCAUAAACUGUAAGUCCUAGUUGCAUCUAUGAAUGUUGCUCUUAAAGCUUGUUGAAAAAAUAUUAAUUUAAUAAAAAAAAUGACAAAAAACUAGAUUAGACUAAUCUAAAUAAAUAGAGAAUAACUGGUUACUGUCUUAAGAUAUCGGCUUUAUCUUGCGAAGGUUAGAAUGGCGAAUCCAGUGAGGCUCUGCCGAGCUGCAUUGCCAUUCAACCUGAACCUAAGACAGUAAUCAGUUAUUUCUUUUAUCCUGCAAUCCUACAGGAAUAUUCGGAAAAUCAUUAUUUAUUCCAGUUUUGUGUAUGCAAAUCAAGUAUUGUCAACCUAGAAAGGC